AUGUCCAUUGUGAACAAUGUGGAGAUGGCUCGCUUGACGGGCGUUCCGAUUACCUACCUUAUUAAUCGAGGACAGCAAGUGAAGGUCAUAUCUCAAUUGCUUAGAAAGACGAAGGAACAAGGUCUUUUAUUGCCCACUCAGCGUCCUGAACGGCGAAAUAAGUUUACCGGUGGGAAGGUCAUAGAGCCACGUCGAGGCUUCUACAAUGAACCCAUCGCUACGCUGGACUUUUCUAGCCUAUAUCCGAGCAUCAUGAUGGCACACAACCUCUGCUACACUACGCUUCUAGCUCCAGCUGAUUGUAGCGCUCACGGAGGCGUCCAGAAUUUGGUGGAUGCCUACGGCCUCUCACCGGAUGACUACAUUCGGACGCCUACUGGUGCCUACUUUGUCAAGGAGUCGGUUCGAAAGGGUCUCCUUCCUCAGGUCCUUGAGCAGCUCCUUGCGGCUAGGAAAAAGGCCAAACAGGAGUUAGCCGUCGAGACGGAUCCCUUCAAGCGGCGCGUUCUUGAUGGUCGACAGUUGGCACUGAAACUUUGCGCCAACUCCGUCUAUGGUUUCACCGGCGCCCAAAACGGAAAAUUACUCUGCUUGGAAAUAGCUGCUUCUGCUUCUGGAUUCGGUCGAGAAAUACUUGAUUCGACGGAAAAAAAGAUUGAAGAAAAGUAUACGGUCGAGAACGGUUACAAACACAACGCCACGGUGAUAUACGGUGACACGGACUCGGUGAUGUGUAAGUUCGGCGUCCCUACCGUGGCGGAGGCGAUGGAACUGGGUCGUGAGGCGGCCGAGUAUAUCUCCAGCCAGUUUCCGAGACCGAUUAGCCUGGAAUUCGAGAAGGUGUACUUUCCCUACCUGCUGAUCAACAAGAAACGUUACGCUGGCCUCUACUUCACGAACCCUGACAAACACGACAAAGUGGACUGCAAGGGAAUCGAGACUGUCCGGCGAGACAAUUGCCCUCUAGUGGCGAACUUGGUGAAUGCCUGUCUUAAGCGAAUCCUCAUCGACCGGGAUCCCGACGCGGCCAUCACCUAUGCGCAGCACGUGAUAUCUGAUCUGCUCUGCAAUCGUAUCGACAUAUCCCAGUUGGUGAUCAGCAAGGAACACUCAAAGACGGACGAAGAGUAUGCGAGCAAACAGGCGCAUGUGGAAUUGGCAAACAAGAUGCGCAAACGGGACCCCGGUUCAGCGCCCCAGCUGGGUGAUCGUGUGCCCUACGUGAUCACGGCCAUUGGGGAAAAGGUCACUGCUGCCUACGCCAGGGCUGAGGAUCCACUCUAUGUGCUGAAACACCACGUUCCAAUUGACACCAAGUACUACCUGGAGAACCAGUUAGCCAAACCACUGAUGCGCAUCUUUGAACCCAUUCUCGGGGAAGCUAAAGCGAGAUCGGCUCUCUUCACUGGUGAACACACACUGGUGAAGUCGGUUAUCCGCCCCACUUUCGGUCCCUUGUUGGCGUUCACGCAGAAACGUGCGGUUUGUAUCGGCUGUCGGUCAGUGCUGCCUAAGGACCGUGAAGACGGAGCCCUGUGCGCUCACUGUGAACCUCGGACGUCUGAAAUUUACCAGAAGGAAGUCGCUGAGUUGAACUCUUUGGAAGCGCGGUUUGCACGUCUAUGGACGGAAUGUCAGCGCUGUCAGGGCAGUCUGCAUGAGCAAGUUAUCUGCACGAACAGCGAUUGUCCCAUCUUCUACAUGCGUACCAAGGUGCAGACCGAUCUCGAUGACCAGGUAGCCACCAUGAAGCGUUUUGGACAACCGACCUGGUGA